AGAAAUUGCAAUGGACUACACGAGCGAUUCGAAUGUAUCGCAGGAAGAUGCGUGGGCCGUGAUCUCGGCAUACUUCGAGGAGAAGGGUCUUGUUCGCCAGCAGCUGGAUUCGUUCGACGAGUUCAUCCAGAACACGAUGCAGGAACUCAUCGACGACUCGCGUGACAUUCGCAUCACGCCGGAAGCUCAGUACAAUCCGGGCCAGAAGAGCAACCGGGUCACGGACACUAUCUACCAAAUCCAGUUCGGACAGAUCUACUUGAGUAAGUGUACCAUGACAGAGAGCGACGGGAGUACCUCUGUCAUGUUUCCGCACGAAGCCCGUCUGCGAAACUUGACCUACUCGGCGCCAUUGUAUGUGGAUGUGACGUGCCAAAAGUUCCAAGCUGGAACUGUUCCGAUUGAGGAACAGGAGCCAUAUGAAGAAGAAACAACCGCAAAGGAGUUCAUUGGAAGCAUUCCCAUUAUGCUGCGGUCCAAGUACUGUGUGCUCACCGACAAAUCCGACAAAGAAUUGACUGAACUCAACGAGUGUGUAUACGACCAAGGCGGGUACUUCGUCAUCAACGGGAGCGAGAAAGUGCUGAUUGCCCAAGAACGUAUGAGUAACAACCACGUGUACUGCUUCAAGAAAUCCAGCAUCUCCAAGUACUCUUGGGUAUGUGAAACCCGCAGUCACGUCGAGCGAGGCGCGCGCCCCACCUCGACCAUGUACGUCCAAAUGUAUGCCAAGUCGGGGGGCAAGUCGGCGGUGUCCGGUCAUCAGAUUCGCGCGGUGAUUCCGUACAUUCGACAAGACAUUCCCGUCGUCAUCAUCUUCCGAGCGCUGGGUUUCGUGGCUGAUCGAGAAAUCUUGGAGCACAUUUGUUACGACUUCACGGACGUGGAGCUCAUGGAGCGCUUCAAACCGUCGUUGGAGGAAGCGUUUGUCAUCCAGGAGCAAGAAGUCGCACUGGAUUUCAUCGGACGUCGAGGGUCCGCCGUCAACGUGUCCAAGGCGGACCGUCUCAGAUAUGCCCAAGACAUUUUGCAAAAAGAAAUGUUGCCACACGUGGGUGUGGAAGACCACAACGAGACCAAGAAGGCGUACUUUUUGGGAUAUGUCGUCCACAAGUUGCUCAUGUGCUCGUUGGGGCGUUUGGGCGAAGAUGACCGCGAUCACUACGGGAACAAACGAUUGGAUUUGGCCGGUCCGUUGCUUGGCGGUCUCUUCCGCGUCCUCUUCAAAAAGCUCACCAAGGACGUCAAGGGGUACCUUCAAAAGUGCGUGGACGCCGGACGCGACUUCCAGCUCAGUUUGGCCAUCAAGUCCAAAACCAUUUCGAACGGGUUGCGCUACUCGUUGGCGACAGGCAAUUGGGGCAUGCAAAAGACUGCUUCCAAAGCCGGGGUGUCGCAAGUCCUGAAUCGACUGACCUACGCUUCGUCCCUGUCCCAUUUGCGUCGGUUGAACACGCCGUUGGGUCGAGAAGGCAAGCAAGCCAAGCCCCGUCAGCUCCACAACACCCAUUGGGGCAUGAUCUGUCCGGCCGAAACCCCCGAAGGCCAGGCCGUUGGGCUUGUCAAGAACUUGGCACUGAUGGCGUAUAUUUCUGUGGGGUCGCCCCAAGCUCCUAUUUUGGAAUUUCUUGAGGAAUGGUCCACGGAAAACUUGGAAGAAAUCACGGCGCAAAUCAUCCCGACCGCUACCAAGAUAUUUGUCAACGGGAACUGGGUCGGUGUCCAUCGCGAACCCAAUGAGCUCGUCAAGACGCUGCGGUCCCUUCGUCGGUGCGUCGACAUUGAUGCGGAAGUGUCGGUGAUUCGCGACUUGAUGCAAAAGGAACUGCGCAUUUACACGGACGCCGGACGUGUGUGUCGACCGCUCUUUAUUGUCGAGAACAACCGUUUGCUGUUGCAAAAGCAGCACGUGGUCAAGCUACAAAACCACAAACACACGCACUUUCGUUGGCAAAACUUGCUCACGGAAGGGGUCGUCGAGCUCAUCGAUACGGAAGAAGAGGAAGUGUGCAUGAUUGCCAUGGAACCCAAAGAUUUGCGCAACGCGCGUUCGCUCUACACGCAUUGUGAAAUCCAUCCAUCGAUGAUAUUGGGUAUUUGUGCGUCGAUUAUUCCGUUUCCCGAUCACAACCAAAGUCCCCGUAACACGUACCAAAGUGCCAUGGGAAAGCAAGCAAUGGGUAUUUACAGUUCAAACUUCAGAGCGCGCAUGGACACCAUGGCCAAUAUUUUAAACUACCCCCAGAAGCCUCUUGUGACGACGCGUGCGAUGGAGUACCUGCAUUUCCGAGAAUUGCCCAGCGGGGUCAAUGCGAUUGUCGCGAUUGCCACAUACACAGGUUACAACCAGGAAGAUUCGCUGAUUAUGAACCAAAGCGCCAUCGAUCGCGGCCUCUUCCGAUCAACCUUUUAUCGAUGCUACGUCGACCAAGAACGCAAUAAAUCCCCUCACGGCAUUGGCGGCGGGUCUGGCUUCAUGAACUCAGAGGAGUUUGAAAAACCGACGCGCGCCACGUGUAUGCGUCUGAAGCACGGCUCGUACCACAAAUUGGAUGCGGAUGGGCUUGUUGCCCCCGGUACCCGCGUGUCUGGCAGCGACAUUAUCAUCGGAAAGACUUCUCCUUUGCCCAGCAGCGACGAGAAUGGGCUGGAGGCACGCCACCAGAAGCGCGAUGCGUCGACAACCCUCCGCACUCACGAAAACGGGAUCAUCGACUCGGUCAUGCUCACGACCAACGCCGAGGGCUUCAAGUUUACCAAAGUGCGCUUCCGCAACAUUCGCAUCCCUCAAAUUGGAGACAAGUUUGCGUCACGUCACGGGCAAAAGGGGACCAUUGGAAUGACAUAUCGGCAGGAAGACAUGCCAUUCACGAUCGAAGGCGUCACUCCCGAUAUCAUUGUGAACCCCCACGCCAUUCCGUCUCGUAUGACGAUUGGGCACUUGAUCGAGUGUCUCCUGGGCAAAGUCAGUUCCCAAACGGGGGAUGAAGGUGAUGCGACUCCAUUUACCGACGUGACCGUGCAGGCCAUCUCCGACACGUUGCACAGCUUGGGAUACCAGCGAUUUGGCAACGAAGUGCUGUACAACGGGCACACGGGUCGUCGGUUGCAGGCGCAAAUUUUCAUCGGGCCGACCUUUUACCAGCGCCUCAAGCACAUGGUGGACGACAAGAUCCACUCGCGGUCGCGUGGGCCCGUGACCAUGUUGACGCGGCAGCCGCUGGAAGGUCGUGCGCGCGAAGGUGGUCUCCGCAUGGGGGAAAUGGAACGCGAUUGUUUGAUAUCGCAUGGGUCGGCCAACUUUUUGAUGGAUCGGCUCUUUGCCAACUCGGACGCGUACCGAGUCCACGUCUGCGAUCUCUGCGGCAUCAUCGCGAUUGCAAACUUGCGGAAGAUGACGUUUGAAUGCCGCACAUGCCGCAACAAGACGCAAAUCUCGCAAGUGCAUAUUCCGUACAGUUGCAAGCUGCUCUUCCAAGAACUCAUGGCGAUGAGCAUCGCCCCCCGCUUGUUCACGAUGGGUAACCCCAACAUCUCCGCCGUCAAAGCGUAAAACUCGCGCGUGUGCCUAUCUUAUCUCCCCCAUGCGUUGUAAUAAUAUAAGUACUGCGGCUUCACCACUCGUGCCCACAAGUUCACGAGUGCCACCAUGUUGUCUCUGCCCCA